AUGGCGGACUACACCUGCGGCACCGCCACCCGUCACAUCGACGGUGUCGGCAGCACGUCUACCCUAGAUGACCCGGGCCUGCUCCGCAGGUUGAUCAAGUCUGCGAAGAGCGCGCACAGCACUCUCGGUCGUGCGCUGGACACAAACUUGUCGAACCAGCGGUUUGGCGGAGCUGAGAUGGAGCCGAGCGCGCUGACAAUCAACUGGCGCGAGCGGAAGCAUCAGCUUCGACUGCAGCAGGAGAUGCAAGUCGCAUGCGACGACAUUCACCUGCGCGCGACGGGGAGGAAAAGGGAGCAGCGCAAUCACGUUUUAGGGGCAUCCGCGACAGGUACAGCGCCAUGUGCAACAGCCGCGUCCACACUAUCAGCGGCAGGCACGGCCAUGGGCGGCACCGCUGACAAGUCGCAGCUGUUCAUCCCGGCGCUACCGACGAUGGCGCCAUCCGUGACGGCGGCCGCCGACGAUGGCGCGGAGGCCCUCGGUGGAACGAAGAUCGGCGGUGACGACCGCGGCUAUGUCACCCUCAUCGGUGCAGUUCCAACCUACAAUACAACGCGACUAAUCGAGGACAACUACGAACUUAUCAGCAGCUUUCGCGCGUACCGCACGGACGCACUACGGACGGAGCAGCAGGCUGCCCUCCGUGACGUCUCGGCACCCCACCCCGACCUCCUUCAGCAGCUAGCACCGCUGGUUCAACAGGAGCAAGGCGACGAAGCAGGUCAUCAUCUGCUCGUCGAUCAAGAGACGCUCCCGUAUCACCUCCGCCAGCGCUACACACAAGCCCGUGCGUCGCAGUCGACAUCGGAGGCGCAUGGGGAUGCGGCUGCUUCGGCAGCGGACGGAGGCGAUGGCGCUGCGGCGCAUAGCCCUGGGUCUCCGCGGCAGGCGGACGGCACGGCGCCGAUGACCGCCGCCGCCAAGGGCACGUGGGCCUUCACCUGCCAAGGUCGUCCGACCAUAACGGGCGCGCAAUGCAGCGGCCCGGUCGCUGGGGCUGGCGGGAAGGAUGGUAGCGAGCCCUAUCGCCGCCGCCUCAUCGGUCGUCGCCAACCGUGCCUCGGCCAGUACCACGUGCGCUACACCGUUGUCGAGCCGCGUGUCGUUGGCGGCUACGUGGCACCACAUGCCCCCACGACGGACAAACAGCAGCAGGGCGGUGCAAAUGCGCGACAAGACGCCGACACCGCAGAGGUAACACAUCGUACCAACAGCGCUACGGGCGACAACGGCUGCAGCUUUGGCUACACGCAACGAGAAGAAUGGCUCUUGACCACGAACCAGCACGGGUCGCACGUGAGCUCCGACGCUGCCGCUCACCGUGGCGGCAGCACGCAUGGCCGUAACAUCAAGGGCAGCUCCAUGUUCAUCUCAGAGUCGCCGCGGCAGAUGAAGCACGGCACGGCCGCCCCUGAUGUCUUCUACUGGCCGUACCCCGAUAUGCGCUCAACCGUGAAGCGCGUGCCUUGCCUUGUGCAGCUUGACAACCCUACCACGCACCGCCGCAGGGAGCCGCUCGUCUCAGGAGUGCCGGCCUCGGUGUACGAGGUGUGCGGCGAUAUCGCGGCUAACCAGCCACGGACAGUGACGAUGGAUCACACGACUGGACGCGACUUGCACUGGUACAAUCGAACACCGCCUAAGGCCCUCGGCGAGCCGCUGGAUGUGGAUGAAGCACUGCGCGCGACGCGGCCGAAGGAGCGAGCUGCAACGUUGCCGCCCCGCGCGCACGCAAGUAACCCGAGUACGGAUCCGGCGCAUGCGCUGGCCUCAGUGGACACAAGCGUCUCUGUCGAGCGUAAUUUAGCAUAUCCGCAGUCUUUUAUUGGCGGCUCAACGCAGCUGGAGCACAUCCGUGACUUUGGUAAGAUCCUCAGCCGAGACAAGCGGGAGGCGCUGGCGAUGCGCAACAUCGGCAGCGGUGCGGGCAAUGGCGUGCUUCCCGGUGAAGCCGAGGAGGCGUGCGAGUGGACGCAGAGACGUAGCCACUCUGCCUUGAUACACCCCCGCGCGCCUGGCCACCAGCCAUUCCACACGCCGAACGCUACGGAACUCGGUGAAGUGCCCUCACUGUCCCUAACGAAGCCCCGCUCAGGGUGCACAACUGAUCUCGGCAAGGGUACCGCCAGACCAACAAACCUCCUGCCGCUGCACGACCUCACAUACGACUCAGAGCCAGGCUAUGUGCUGACAGGGCCACGCGUGAAGGGCACACCGUCGAUCGGCCGCACUGCGGCACGCCAAGAGGUGCGGUCAUGGACUGCGGAGAAGGGCUGCGGUGCCCCGGUGAUGUACGAUCCGACAGACUACCUGGCCCCACACGUCAAGUCGGUGCCGGACUUCGAGAAGCAGAUUACGAAGGAGCGCGAGUUCCGCGGCCACCGGGUCCAGUCGGAGCGGUACCUGCAUCUUUUUCCCUCCGUCCCUGGGCCCGGCCACUACACGGUCAGCUACAAGCUGGUGGAGUAG